AUGCGCCUGGGAAACCAUUCGGAAGAGAUUCCAGAGGCCCAGAUAGUCAAUCCGUCCGAAAAGGACAUCGAAGAACUCAGGCACGAGGUUGAAGGUUCUCAGCCCCUCAACCCUGUCAAAUGCUUCUCCGUCUUGACUGGCAUACCCAGUUACAUCAUGGAUUACUUCAAGAAGACAGACCCUUCUUCUAUCAAGACAGAGGGCGAUGUGCGGGCGGAGGAGGCCAGGUUGCAGAGAGAUAUACUUGCCUGGAUGUUUAUAGGUGCCGCCUUCUUCGCCAUAUGGGUCAUUGUAGUGCAGAAAAAGGGGUUGUAG